CCAACCCCGCCCGGCGCCCCCCCCGCUCCAUCCCGCUCCUCUAGUAAACAAUCGCACAGACAGGAGUCCCAUAAGCAGGAGGUUGUGUCGCCAGCACCUAUCGGUCCAGAACAGGACCUCUCUCCGAAGGCUCGAAAGCCAAGCCCCCAGCCAAAGGUGCUGCAGCAAAUGGUCCAGCCUGCAGCGCCGCUGGAACCACCGCAGCCGCAAGCGCAAGCACCUCCACAGCAGGGGCCAGCCACAGAGGUCGGCGUCGGUGCUGGUGCUGGGCCUGGGGCGGGGGCCGGGGCUGGCGGCAUGGACAUAAUGGAGGCCCUCCGGAUGCAGAUGGAAGUGCAGAAGAAGCUCCAUGAACAAUUGGAGGCUCACCGGCGAUUGCAGCAGUCGAUGGAGGCGAACCUGCGGCGGAUCCUGGAGGAGCAGCAGCGCCAGACCAGCAGCACGGGCGCGUCCGACUCGGAACCCUCGGGGCGCAGCGCGACGCAGUCGGAGCAGCAGUCGCUCCUCGCGCAAGGCCAGCAGCUGCUGCAGAUGUCGCAGCGGCAGCUCACGCAGCAGACGCUCACCGCCCCCCGGCUGCCGCAGCUGGACCUGCCCCCCCCGAAGCAGCGCAAGGCGCGGGAGGUGUCGGAGCCGCCGCGGGCCAAGCGGCGCAAGCACGACGGGCAGGCGUUUCCGGGGGAGAUGCCGGCAAUGCCCAGCGAGCGCGCCCGCGCGAUUGCCAACGGGAGCUGGGGCACGCCGUCGCGCGUGCCCAAGGUUGGGACCCCUCCGUUGCCGCAGCAGGGGUCGUAUUCCCCGCGGGCGGCAAUGGCGGCGCCGCAGUAUGUACCCUCGUAUGGCAUGGUCCAAGUGCAGCAGCCCCCGGGGAAUGGGGGACAUCCGUUGCAGCAGCGGGGGUGGCCGUUGAUGCAGCAUGCGCAGCAGGGGGGGUUCGGGCAGAUGCCGACACCAGGAUAUGGCCCCCCUGGGGAAGAAGGGCAGGCUCCGGUGGAUGGUGGGUAUGAUUCGCCAAGGCAUCGACAGGGCAAAGGGAACCCCGGGGCGUCGAAUCUGGGGGAGGGUCUGGCAAGACGGCACAGCCAGGCGGCACUUGCUCCGGACGGGACUGUAAGCGGCAGUCUCCAGCCGGGGGCCCCGUAUGACGGAGUUGUGCAUGGGGUGCAAGCGCAAGCCCCUCCAGAGCAUCCAACGCAAGCAGGGCCAGUGACAGGGCCUGCACUUGACGUACAAGAGAAUCCAAGCGAACCAGGGGACGGGAGCGAGGGGCCCGGGGAUAUGUGGGCACAGCAAGAGGUGCACCUGUGGUUAAACGAUUCUGAUCAGAUGCCACCUGGUUCGUUAAACCAAUGGGAUGACGGUGGGGCCACAAACGGCUCAGGGGGUUCAGACGGUUUGGGGAACCGGAGAAGGGCGCUGAGGGCAAAUGCCUGAUCUGAGUGUUUGAUUGUUCUCUACACGGUAUAUGAUGUACCUAAUAAAGAGAAAUAAACUAAGAAAGACACAGUCAAAAGCGUGGUUGCUUUUCCUUUUCUACGGCGCGGUCGAGGUGUACACUGUACGCUUGGCUAAUUUCCUUAAUAUUUGGGUGAAC